CAGAAAUGGUAGCAAUGCCCAUCGCCUGCAAAUUCUAAUUCAAGUAAUUCAAGUAAUUGGCAUUGCCGUGUUCUGCCUUCUUCAGAAGAAACCUAGAGGCGCUUUCGUUUCUGUCCACCUCUCACUCCCAACUUCCGAAGCGGUCAUGUCAAACCUCUUCAAAGCACAGGAUCAUUACUUCCAGCAAGCCAAGCGAUUGAAGUACGUGGCGCGUUCAGCAUUCAAGCUGCUGGAGAUUCAGGACAAGCACCAUGUCAUCAAACAUAAGGGCGCCAAGGUGCUCGAUCUGGGGUGCGCUCCAGGGGCCUGGCUGCAGGUAGCGUGCAAGUUGCUGGGCAACAUCCGCAAUGGAGGCCUUGUUGUAGGGGUCGACAUCCAGCAAAUGAGGAUCCCAGGCCCCUACUGCGACAAGCGCGUCCGGUUCUUGCACGGGGAUGCGUUCGACAUUCAACCUUGGCACCUGCGGGACAUCAGUCCGCGAGUGAAGAAUGGCUUUACGACGGUUUUGUCGGACAUGUGCCCAGCCACGUCCGGAAACGGCUUCUCGGACGUUCGGUGCUCGCUCGAGCUCGGGGAGCGCGCCGCCCAGCUGGCCCUUGGACGGGCCAACUUCAGCCUAGACUUGGGUGAAGCGGACGACGGAUUCGGACGUCCGGAAGUGGGCUUUAGUGCUUUCGACGUCGAAUCCGGGCCUCCGGAACGAGAUUUUGGCCGUUCGGACGAGGAAGCCGGACGUCCGAAAGAGGGCGCGGGUGCUGCCGGCUGCCAACACGGACGUCCGAACGAGGGCGCCGGUGCAUCCGGAAACGGAAACGGAGACGGAAAGGGAGGUCCGAAAGGAAAGUAUGAGGACGGAGGCCUCCUCCUGCCGGGGGGCCACUUUGUUGUAAAGCUGCUGGAAGGCGAGGGGACGAAAGACUUCGGCGAGCGAUGCAAGCCGCUCUUCCACCGCGUGGCGUGGCUGCGCCCGCAGGCGACCCGGGCCGCCUCCCGCGAGAUCUACCUCAUCGCCAAACAACGGCUACAGCCGAGCUAGGCGUCCGCAAAGUCAGCGGCGUCCAAAAGCGCCGCCGCACUGAUUGUCCGCUGUUUCAGCGGCGUCCGAAAGCGUCAGAGCACUGAGCGUCCGCUCCUUCAGCAGCGUCCGAAAGGCGUGCGCCGUCAAUCCUCCGGAAGGCCGUAGCGUCCAAAACCAGCUACGCUUCCAAAGUUGCGUCCACCAACCCUUGGAGCUCCUAUUGCUCGAGCUUUGGAAGGGUGACGAAGUCCGAAGGGGGUUUUUCAAACGUGCGCCAAAAGGAACCCCCGUGUCCGCAAUGUCCUGGAAAUGGAGGCUCUCUGCGGCAGCCAAAGCGGCAGUUUGUAUAAGGCUUUUGAGUGCGCCACAGUUUAGAUUGUGCAACAAGCGCCCGGCUGCACGGCUUCAGUUGAGCUUCGUAGCGUCUGAAUAGCCGCAGUUGAAUUGGCUGCGAUUCACCGGUCAUUGCUCAGCCUCCGAAGGCGUCCGAAAAUCGGUAGAGCCUCAGUACCCAUUAGGCGGCUCUCUUUGGUCCUUUCGGACCGAUUGGACGCUUCGAACGACGGCUGAUUGUUUGACUGCGUCUCACUAGCCGUUUGGCCGGAAGAGACAGCGUGGUAACACCAGCUGCUGUCGUCGUCAUGCCGUGAGGUGCUAAGCGGCUGCUGUCGUCAGGUCGCAGCCUGACACAAAGGUUGAAACAAGCGACUCAGUAUGUUUCCAGAUGUGUCAACUCACGUGCAGUAGGAAAGAGAAGAUCACUUGAACGACCAACGAGAAGUCGUGCAUCGAGAUCUCGAAACUUUCACCUACUAGCAUAUAGAUCGGAGAUUGUUGCGGUGGACGGUGUUACAAUCGAUUCAGAAGUUCAAGCCCAACAUCAUAUCCACGUCAUAGUUCAACCUCAGCUCAUAAAACACUCUGAUUCCGCUUAAUUUCUCUUUAUAACCCUUCUUGUGCAUAGGUUUAUGAUCAGGGGGAAUUUUCAGCUCUAUG